CUUAUGAUCAGUACCACCACCACUACCACCACCCCCUGAGACCUUCUCCUUUCGCCGUUUAUCUGACCGAACUUAACUCACAAUCCCAAUCAUCUCGAUGGUAUAAGGGCCAAAAUAUCAAUUCUUGAUUACGUGAGAUAUCAGUUUGUUUCAGCUCAUCAAGGUCAAUCAAGGUGUUCGCGCAACAUUGAAAAAUGACUCCGGCACGACGAGGCGUAGCACCUGUGAAACCGUAAGCGUGCCUAAGUCCCCAAAUUGGAAUUCUACCUUCCGGCAAAUCAGAUCCAUCUGUGGUUAACGGGUGAGAUCGAGACAUAAUCGUAGGUCUUGGUACCUUGGGAAAAGGCCUUUGGUGACGGCAUUGCUCGCUAUGCCGUUGGUAAUUUCAUGUGACCGACAGGGGGAGGAGCGGCUAUGUAAUAUCCAUGACGAUUGGCAUUAAAAAAAGAAAAUAAUAAAAACCAAAAGGAGCCCUAGCCACUCGAUCCUUUCCUCCUUACAUUCACAUUUCAGUGGCGCAAAAUCAUUCGAGCUAUAUCUCCAUCACAGAAUAAACGCAUGUCUUGAACUUCUGCCAUGGCGACAAGCCCUGACUGGUUAUGUGGUUGAUCAAUUGCCAAUCAAUAGAUCUCGAAGAGUUCGUGAAAGAUGUGCCCCCUUACGCGAUCCUGUCCCACACCUGGGGCAAUAAGGAGGUGACCUUCACCGACAUGAGCAAUCGAGAUAGAGCAUCCAAAGAGGAAGGUUACCAAAAGAUCAAGGCUACUUGCAGAGUCGCAUUGGAACACGAUCUCAAGUAUGCUUGGGUGGAUACGUGUUGUAUCGAUAAGUCCAGCAGCGCCGAGCUGUCGGAAGCUAUCAAUUCCAUGUUCGCAUGGUAUAAGAAUGCUACCGUCUGUUUUGUCUGGCUGUGCGACUUUACCUGCUUCUCGGACGAGACGCUGGCCGAGGCCAUAACGUCAUUCGAAUCUCGGGAGGCCCUGGAUGCGAAGGGGGGAGGAUUCUACGGAGAUCCUCCUCAACAGACGGUCGCAGAGAUCGACUUGCGAAAUAGAGUCAAGAAGGGCCUCGGCAACUGUAAAUGGUUCUCCCGCGGCUGGACGUUGCAAGAGCUGAUUGCGCCGAGUCGAAUUAACUUUUACGACAAAGAAUGGAAUUACUUUGGUUCGAAGCUUGAGCUGGCUCCUGUUCUCUCGUGGAUUACCGGCGUCGACACGGGCGUCCUAAGAGGUAGGCCUCUCGACGAAGUCUUAGUUGGCCGUCGCAUGUCCUGGGCAUCAACCCGUACGACGACAAGGGUAGAGGAUAUUGCGUAUUGCCUGCUUGGCAUCUUUGAUAUCAACAUGCCACUGCUAUACGGCGAAGGCAAGAAAGCCUUCAUCCGGCUGCAAGAAGAAAUUAUCAGGUCCAGUCAUGACCUUUCAAUAUUUGCCUGGAAGGCCGAUGUGAGUGACCUGCGUCGUUUCCGCGGGUUGAUGGCCAACUCCCCAGCCGAGUUCAAGGGUUGCCAGAGACUUGUGAAGCCGUCGUUCGAGUGGAAUAAUGGGGGUGAGUAUGGACUCACCAGUCGUGGUCUACGCACGGAUGGCUUGGUUAGGAUUGGCCGAGGAGAAGCGGGUCAGGCGGGCAGCUAUUUCAUGUCGCUAGGCUGCGUCGACGAACGCCAGAAGAAGCUUGUCUUAGCCAUCUCGCUGCGGCAAUACGGCCCCGGCCUCUUUGCUAGGAGGAAGCCUUGGCCUAUGAUCACAGUCUUCGACUUGAACGUAUACUCGGCAGCAAAGCUCGCUCAUCCGCAAUAUAUAUGUUGCAAGGAUAGCCCUUCUCUGGAAAAUACAGUGAUGAACAGCCGCAUCAAUGCGAUCCAGAUUAAGUUCACGGAUUCUAUCUUCGACGUCGACAGUGUCACAGCUUUUCCGCAAGCUGACUGGGACUUGAGGAAUUCCAUAUUACUUAGCUUUCAGCGCCCGUAUUAUUGGGGCUUGUGGAAAGUAAAGGUCAGAGAUAGCGAUGAUGGCAUCAGCAUUGUCUGCGUACGGUCAUCCGGGUGGCUUCUCUACGGGAUCUUCGCCUCAAAUCAGAUCCCUUCUACUCUCACUCGAGAUGACCUCCUUCCAUCGCAUGUCGAAGAUAUCUUACAGCGAUUACCUGACCGGACGACGACAGAAUGUUCAGGGUUUAUUCACACGGUCAAAGAUGUCCAUCUUGACCUCGGGGAGACAGGCAUAGAGAUUCCGGCCACGCUGCUUCAAGUAAACAGCGUCGAGAGCAAGCAUUCGAAGCAAGGUCGCUCUAGGAUAAAACUCGUGCAAAGCUUCUUCAAGAAGAGUAAAUCAAUGUAAGUUAACCCUAUCGAAUGUUAUAUUUUGGGAUGAAUUUUGGAGGAUUAGUCUAUAAAUGUAUAAAUGCCACUGUACAUAUUACUCUACCUAUAUGGGCAUGAACUGUAAGAAACAUCCACCCAUCGAAAGUAUAAUAGAUCAGAUAUAAGGUUAUGCUUUCGCAGCAUUUUAAACUCAAUACCCACUGCACCCUGUACCUAGGUACGUACCUAGGUGGUUAACCAAAUAAACCUACC